CGCCGAUAUUUGUGCCGCUGGUGCCGCCGGCGGCGUUUUCCACAUUUUCGAAGCUGGCUGAAGUAAUUAUAUUUUCGUUUGUUUUCCAUUGUUGCCUGUUUUCCAUGCUAUGAGUAUAGUUGUAAGAACAACCUAACAGGUUUUGUCUUUUGUAAUUGUAAUCAAGCGUGGGCCGUGGCCGUGGGCAUUGGCAUUAGCGGUGGGAUAACUUGUGGCAUUUCAUUCUUAGAGGAUGUCAAGCUGAGGUGCAAUAAUUGAAUGGAUAAGAUUAAUGUAAGAGGAAGAAAGAAUUCAAAUUGCUGUGUUAGAUACACUAGAACUUCUGUAUUUUGCACCAGUUGCUACUUGAUAUAUUCACUUAGAAAUGCGUCGGAGUCUGGCGCCGAGUCAGUUCUCGGCGCUGAAGCGGCGCUCGGACGAGUCCUGCUCCCGGGCAUCUGGCAGGAAGCAGCCGGCGCUGGAAGAGGAUGGCGCCGCCGUGGUCCGCUCCCCGCUGCAGCCCAUUAACGUGCCGCUCGGCGCGUCGCCCACCGGACCCGUCUCUGACUAUGAGGCCCGUCUGCGUCAGAUCCUGUCUCGACCGUUCAAGAUCCCGAUCCCGAGUUACAACGGCGCGCGACUGGCGGACCGCCGACUGGGGGUGCGGCGCACGGGUGCGCGUCAGCCGCUGCACGACCCCGACGAGCCGGGCGCGCUGGUGCUCUACAGUCCGCCGCAGCUCAGCCAACACGAGCAGCUCACCAUGCAGGCUGACAAGCAGCUGGUACACGUGGUGGUGGAUCCGGCGCUAAGUAAUGUGCUGCGGCCCCAUCAGCGGGAGGGCGUCAAGUUCAUGUACGACUGCGUGACCGGGCGCCGGAUCGAGGGCAGCUUCGGCUGCAUCAUGGGCGACGAGAUGGGUCUGGGCAAGACGCUGCAGUGCAUCACCCUCAUGUGGACACUGCUGCGACAGAGUCCCGACUGCCGGCCCGAGAUCGAUCGCUGCAUUGUCGUCACACCCAGCAGCCUGGUCAAGAACUGGUACAACGAGAUCAGCAAGUGGCUGUCGGGCCGGGUCUCGGCGCUGGCGAUGGACGGCGGCGGACGGACGGAGGUGGUCCGACAGCUCGAGGGGUUCAUGACGCGCACCGGCCGCCGGCCCGUCAACCCCAUCCUCAUCAUCUCCUACGAGACGUUCCGCAUCCACGCGGCGCUGCUGCACCGCGGAGAGAUCGGACUCGUGCUCUGUGACGAGGGUCACCGUCUGAAAAACCACGAGAACCAGACGUACUCGGCACUGAUGAGUCUCAACUGCCGACGGCGUGUCCUGCUCUCCGGCACACCCAUCCAGAACGAUCUGCUCGAGUACUUCAGUCUGGUGCACUUCGUCAAUGAGGGCAUUCUGGGCACUGCGAGCGAGUUUAAGCGUAAGUUCGAGACGCCGAUCCUGCGGGGUCGUGAUGCUGACGCCACCGAUGACGAGCAUAAGAAGGGCAACGAGCGCCUCCAGGAGCUGCUGUCUAUCGUCAACAGGUGUAUCAUCCGCCGCACGGCAGCGAUUCUCUCCAAGUACCUGCCGGUGAAACAGGAGCUGGUGGUGUCCUGUCGUCUCACCGACUGCCAACUGGCGCUCUAUGACGCCUUUAUACGCUCGGACGCCGUGCGUCGGAGUCUGAUGGGACAGAAGGGCAGCGGUCACGGCAAAUCGACUCAGUCGGCGCUGUCCGCCAUCACCAGUCUGAAGAAGCUGUGCAACCACCCGGACCUGAUCUACGAGAAGGUCACUGAGCCGGGCAGUGAGCUGCGCCAUCUGCUGCAGCUCUAUCCAGACGGACACUCGACAAAACGCGUCCGUCCGGAGCUCUCCGGCAAGGUGUCGGUGCUGGACUACCUGCUGGCCCUGGUGAAGACGCAGACCAGCGACAAGGUGGUGCUCGUCUCCAACUACACGCAGACACUCGACCUGUUCGAGACCCUCUGCCAGAUGCGCAGCUACUGCUUCGUCCGGCUCGACGGCAGCAUGACCAUCAAAAAACGCGCCAAGAUAGUGGACCGGUUUAACGACCCCUCGUCUCCCGAGUUUAUCUUCAUGCUGAGCAGCAAGGCGGGCGGCUGUGGGCUGAACCUGAUCGGCGCCAACCGCCUGGUGAUGUUCGACCCCGACUGGAACCCGGCCAACGACGACCAGGCCAUGGCGCGCGUCUGGAGAGACGGACAGAAGAAGCCCUGCUUCGUCUACAGACUGCUGGCGGCGGGCACCAUCGAGGAGAAGAUGUUCCAGCGUCAGACGCACAAGAAGGCGCUCAGCUCGUGUGUCGUUGAUAACGAGGAAGACGUACAGAGACUGUUCAGCGUGGCGGAGCUGAAGGAGCUCUUCAAACGCGAGGACACCAUCUGUGAUACGCACGACAGGUUGAAGUGCACCCGAUGCGUGAACGGUACCCAGUUCCGCCCGCCGCCCGACGACGCCACCUGUAACGGCGACCUGUCCCAGUGGCACCACGCGGCCGCCGCCGGCCGCCGGCGCGUGCCCGACCCGCUGCUGAGGGCCGCCUGGGACGCCGGGGUACUGUUCGUGUUCCACCAGCGCAGCCACGACCAGCUGGUGACACCCUGAGGGGGGGAGGGUUCGCAGGGGGGAGGUGGGGACUGGGGAUGUUGGAAAGGAAGGGACCAUGGCUAAUGUAUGUUUCGGAGGCUUGAUGAGGUAGCUUUGGCUGUGGAGACGGACAAACGUGAAGACAGACGCAUUUGUGAGACUUCGUAGAUUAUGAUGAGUUUACCGAGCAUGAGCUCGUCUGAGGUCGUGGGUGCCUGAAAUCUCUAAAUGACUGUUGCACUUGAGGAACGUCUUUUGUGAUGUGUGGGGGAUGGGAGGGUCGGAAUGCUUGUGUCUUGUGGGUGACCGUCAGUCAUUACCUUAUGACGAGUAGUCUAGAGUAAAUGGUGAGCGAAUUCUUUUGUAACUGCGCAACGUGUCUCAUGUCUGAAUGAAACGACAUGCCCAUCGCCUAGUUCGAGUAUCAUUGGUCCAUGACGCCGAGAAGGCGAGAAGUAAUCGAGUCCAUCGUGCGACGCUAAGCGUAUCGAAUCGUCGAAGCAGGUGUCGUCGCUAACUGAACCGCAACACUGCCGUCUGUUGGCUGGCUCAACACUCAACAGGUCAUUGUUUUUGUUCUGUGCAUACCGUCUGUGUCACGCCAUUUAUUUGGACCACUCAGAAGCAAGUAUUUGUCUAGAUAUGUAGUGACGAUAUGUGUAAAGCUGCCAUUGAGACUGUGAAGCGGCACAAAUCUCAUGUGAUAUUUAAUAAAUGCUGUGUGUGAUGAA